AAAAGGGAAAAAAAAUGGAAAAUCGCCCUAUAACUGCCUUGCUGGAAUCUGCCGAAGUAGAACUCCCGGGGGAAGAGAGAGAGAGAGAGAAGAGAAUGGCGCCGGAGACGAAGGAGAAAAAGGAGGGUAGUGGAAGCGAAGAUGUGCGGCCGAAGAAGAAGGUGGCGCUGGGAUGGAUAGAGUGGCUGAGGGGGUUGUUGUUCGUGGUCUAUGAGCUGCUGUUCCAGAGGAUAGCCGCAAGCCACUUGGAGAACCCUAUGCCUCUCCCUCCAGUCAAUGAUCUCACCUGUAUCGUCACCGGCUCCACCAGCGGUAUCGGCCGGGAAAUCGCUAGACAAUUGGCAGAAGCAGGGGCUCAUGUGGUUAUGGCAGUCAGAAAUACAAAGGCUGCAAAUGAAUUGAUAAAGAAGUGGCAGGAGGAUUGGGCAGGGAAGGGCCUUCCUCUCAAUAUUGAGGUCAUGGAACUUGAUCUUGUCUCCUUGGAUUCUGUUGUGAGAUUUGCAGAUGCAUGGAAUGCACGUGCAGGACCAUUACAUGUCCUCAUUAACAAUGCUGGGAUAUUUUCUAUUGGUGAACCACAGAAAUUCACAAAGGAUGGUUAUGAGGAACACAUGCAAGUGAAUCAUCUUGCUCCAGCAUUGCUUUCCAUAUUGCUUUUACCAUCCCUUAUAAGAGGUUCGCCAAGCAGAAUCAUCAAUGUGAACUCCAUUAUACACUAUGUUGGAUUUGUUGAUCCAGAGGAUAUGAAUGUUGUGUCUGGGAAGAGAAAGUACGCAAGUUUAGUGGGAUAUUCAGGCAGUAAGCUUGCGCAGGUUAUGUACAGUAGCAUGCUUCAGAAGAGACUGCCAGCUGAAGCUGGUAUAAAUGUAAUAUGUGUUUCUCCUGGAAUUGUUCAAACCAAUGUUGCAAGAGAUCUUCCUAGGUUCAUUCAAGGUGCAUAUCGUUUGAUACCAUAUCUUAUAUUCAAUCCUGAGGAAGGUUCUAGAAGUACACUUUUUGCAGCCACUGAUCCUCAAGUUCCAGAGUACUGUGAGACGUUGAAAGCGGAUGAUUGGCCAGUCUGCGCUUACCUUUCUCAAGAUUGCCGUCCAAUGAAUCCCUCCGAAGAAUCACACAACCUUGAAACUUCUUACAAAGUUUGGGAGAAGACCUUGGAACUGAUUGGCCUUCCCACGGAUGCAGUUGAGAGGCUUAUCGAGGGGGAAGAAGUCGAGUGCAAAUAUGGAAAACCGAAGGAAUAGCUCAGUUGUGUGGCUUGUUUAUGCACCUUCACGGUUAGUUGUAAGCUAUAGGUCACCGCAGAUUCAGCCAGCAUUGUUUAACGAUCAUAUAGGUUCCUUUUUGGAGUGGUUGGAUGACAAGGAGACGAUGGCCCUUUACACAAUGGACCAAACUGGCCUUAAGAUUCAACCUGAAUUUGUAUGCUUUACUUCUAGCUUUCAACUGGUAGUAAGUUGUUUAUCUCCUUCACGUAUAAAAGAGUUGUAUAACUUUUUAAUCAUAACUUAUACGUUUGAUGAGCAGUGAGUUAGUGAGCGUUGUAGCUUUUUACUUGUGCAGUUAAAAAUAUACUAAGGGGGUGUAAUGGUGUAUUUUCAAGACUUUUAUGGAACUUUAAAUACUUUCACUGGUC